AGAGUUCGUUCGAAUGUCAUCAUAGUUUAACUAAGUAUGUAUGUAAAAUGUAUGCUUACAGGCGUUCUUGCUGUUCAUCCUCUGUGUGCUGCGGGGCGCCGGUGGAAAAAGGAUGCUUCGUAUUCGCCAUCAUAAAUGCCAUUAUUUGCGUGGCAGCUUCCAUCGGAUGCCUUGCCUUCCUAAUCCUCAGCCUCGGCGCCUUUUUCGACGGAGAAUCCCGAAGCUCUAACGAAAUGCUACUGGUGUACUUCUUCUCGGGCAUCGCUCUCGGUUGCUGUGUGGUCAGCAUCUUAGCGCUCGCGUUCGCUAUCUUGCUGGUUGUGGGGAUUCGUCGUCGCAACAAGAGUUACGUGAAGGCCUACCUGAUAUUCGGCAUCAUCGUGGAGGUGCUGAGCGUGAUCGGGUGUCUCGUGAUCAUCGGGGUCGAGUGGGGGGACGUGGUCAUGAUGUACACGCUGAUCCCUCUCGGAGUUUGCGUUAUGUACGCCUUGAUACUAAUACUCGUGUACCAGACCUACCGGGUGUUUUUGGAACCCGCGCCCGCCACACACACAAAACUGCUCAACUCCUAUGACGUUUCAGGACCGUAAAUCUAGUCUUAGGCCUCUAUCGCACGAGCGUUUUUACA